AGGGGCCUAAACACAAAGAGGACCAGCAGUACUACGGCGCCGCUCCCCCCUCCCCCCCCCCCCCCCCCAACACUCCUGAAACCCUCGCCGCGGCGGCGAUCAACGCUCCCCUCGAUGCUGGCGGGGCAAGCGGCCGGCUAACCGCGGCAUGCCACUCGCUCCUCCACGCGCGCUGGGCUCUGAAAAAGUCCGGAGCUUGGGGCCAUACCCAGCGCAGCCGGGCACCUCCUCCCGCCAGCGCCGCGAGGCAGUUCACUGCCGCCGCCACAGCGCUGCUCUCCUCUCGGUCUAGUGGAGUGGGGUGGAGUGGAGUGGAGAUAUUCCAUCCGGACGUGGAUUGAUUUCUACUUUGGGUGCUGUGCUGUGGUUCUUGUUCUUCUUCUUGAGGGCGCAAGAUUGACAUUGGUAAACGCCAUAGGACUUCUUGGUGCCCAAUUGUGGCGCGGUUGCUGUUCAUUUUCCAUAAGUGUUGCCUUUUGGGGGUUCAACUGAAGCCCCAUGCCCCACGACAAUUCUUGGCAACCAUGCUAAACUGGCAAUUCCUGCAAUUUUCCACAGUAAUAAGGAGGAUAAUUAGCCAACUCUCUCCUUCAUGGGGCAGCCUGAAAUGGACUCUGGUCAAGGGAAGGAGAGCAAUGGCGCCGUUUCCGAACGCAAUGGUCGCACUUCUCCCUCAAAGCAGCAGUUGGAGGGGAAGGAGGCAUUGCGGUACGCGAACAUCCUUGGGUCACGCAAUAAGUUUGCUGAUGCGCUCCAAUUGUACAACAAUGUACUUGAGAAGGAGGGCACCAAUGUGGACGCCCUUAUCGGGAAAGGGAUUUGCCUCCAGGCACUGAGCCUACCAAGACAGGCCAUUGAGUGCUUCACAGAGGCUGUGAAAAUCGAGCCACAAAAUGCGUGUGCUCUCACACAUUGUGGGAUGAUCUACAAAGAUGAGGGUCACUUGGUCGAAGCUGCGGAGGCAUAUCAAAAAGCUCGAACGGCGGAUCCUUCCUACAAACCUGCUUCGGAAUUUCUAGCUAUUGUGUUGACUGAUCUUGGAACUAGCUUGAAGCUAGCGGGUAAUACAGAGGAGGGAAUUCAAAAAUAUUGUGAAGCUCUGGAAGUAGACAGCCACUAUGCGCCUGCUUAUUACAACCUUGGGGUGGUUUAUUCAGAGAUGAUGCAAUUUGAUAUGGCUCUUACUUGUUAUGAGAAAGCUGCAUUGGAGAGACCAUUGUAUGCCGAAGCCUAUUGCAACAUGGGAGUUAUCUAUAAGAACCGAGGAGAGCUAGAAGCAGCAAUUGCCUGCUACGAGAGGUGCUUGACUAUUUCCCCCAACUUUGAGAUUGCUAAGAACAACAUGGCAAUAGCGUUAACUGACUUGGGCACAAAGGUAAAAAUUGAAGGUGACAUCAAUCAAGGUGUGGCAUAUUACAAGAAAGCUCUGUUCUACAAUUGGCACUAUGCUGAUGCCAUGUAUAAUCUUGGUGUUGCAUAUGGUGAAAUGUUGAACUUUGAGAUGGCUAGUGUUUUUUACGAGCUUGCCUUGCACUUUAAUCCUCGCUGUGCGGAGGCGUGCAACAAUUUGGGAGUAAUAUACAAGGAUAGGGAUAACCUUGACAAAGCUGUUGAAUGUUAUCAAAUGGCCCUAUCAAUUAAGCCAAAUUUCUCGCAGUCAUUAAAUAACCUUGGAGUUGUCUAUACGGUUCAGGGCAAGAUGGAUGCUGCUGCAAGCAUGAUUGAGAAGGCCAUAAUUGCAAAUCCCACAUACGCCGAAGCAUAUAAUAACUUAGGUGUUCUUUACAGAGAUGCUGGAAGUAUUACUUUAGCCAUACAGGCUUAUGAGAGAUGCCUUCAGAUUGAUCCUGAUUCACGUAACGCUGGUCAGAACCGUUUGCUUGCAAUGAACUAUAUUGAUGAGGGCUCAGAUGACAAGCUUUAUGAAGCUCACAGGGAGUGGGGGAAGCGCUUUAUGAAAUUAUACCCACAAUACACUAGUUGGGAUAACUCAAAAGUUGCUGAUCGUCCAUUGAUCAUUGGUUAUGUAUCUCCUGAUUACUUUACUCACUCUGUGUCUUACUUCAUUGAAGCCCCACUUACACACCAUGACUACAUAAAUUGCAAGGUGGUUGUCUACUCCGGUGUUGUGAAGGCAGACGCCAAGACACUUAGAUUCAAGGAUAAGGUGUUGAAAAAGGGUGGAUUGUGGAGAGAUGUAUAUGGUAUUGAUGAAAAGAGAGUUGCUAGCUUGGUGAGAGAGGAUAAAGUGGACAUACUUGUGGAACUUACUGGUCAUACGGCAAACAAUAAGUUAGGAAUAAUGGCAUGCCGACCUGCUCCUGUUCAGGUUACCUGGAUUGGCUACCCUAAUACAACAGGUUUACCAACAAUUGACUAUCGAAUUACAGACUCAUUGGCUGAUCCACCUAGUACAAACCAAAAGCAUGUUGAAGAAUUGGUGCGCCUUCCUGAGAGCUUUCUUUGUUACACUCCUUCCCCAGAAGCUGGGCCUGUUUGUCCCACACCAGCAAUUUCAAAUGGCUUUGUCACGUUUGGGAGUUUUAACAAUCUAGCGAAGAUUACACCAAAGGUCUUGCAAGUUUGGGCCCGAAUAUUGUGUGCGGUCCCUAACUCCAGGCUUGUGGUUAAGUGCAAGCCAUUCUGCUGUGACAGUAUCAGGCAGAAAUUUUUGACAACACUAGAGGAGUUGGGUUUGGAGUCAUUACGAGUUGAUUUGUUGCCACUCAUCCAUCUCAACCAUGAUCACAUGCAAGCAUAUUCCUUAAUGGACAUCAGCCUGGAUACAUUUCCGUAUGCUGGAACUACCACUACAUGUGAAUCUUUAUACAUGGGGGUUCCAUGUGUCACAAUGGCUGGUUCAGUCCAUGCUCAUAACGUUGGUGUGAGCCUACUCAGCAAAGUUGGGUUAGGGAGGCUGGUUGCGAAAACCGAAGACGAAUAUGUCAGCUUAGCGUUGGAUUUGGCAUCAGAUGUCACUGCCUUGCAAGAACUGAGAAUGAGCCUCCGUGAGCUGAUGAUGAAGUCACCAGUCUGUGAUGGAGAGAAAUUCACACGUGGCCUGGAAGCUGCAUACAGAAACAUGUGGCGCAGGUACUGUGUUGGGGAUGUGCCAUCUCUCAAGCGCUUGGAACUGUUACAGGAACAUCCAGUUGUCAAUAAGCAAGACUCGGACAAGACCGCCGAGAAGCUUGCAGACCUGAAAGCACAGAAAGCAAAUGCGGCUGUGGAAGAUAAGCAGCCCCAAAUAACGGUGAAGGGUGUGAGUUCACCUGAUUCAUCUGCUUCUGUGAGAUGUGAAGCAAAUGGUCACAGCAGCCGAUGACCAAUAAUAUGGCACACGCCAUUGAUGCGGGUGAUAAUUGUGCUUAGAGAGCUCGUCGCUGGGGGCCAACACCCGGGGUGUCUCAUUUAUUGACACUGGUAAUGGAUAAGUGCCAUGCGAAUCUCCGGUGACCUGCGAUUUGUAGCAAGUGUAUGGUAAUUCAUGGGGAAAAGCUUAUAGAGUUCGAUUUGUAGAGCUAUGUCCCCUGUGUAGGUUUAUGAAUAUGAUGACUGGAGUUGCAAUGUUAGAAACAAAAGAACAAAGGCACUGGUUGUAUAUGUAGAAAGUAGAAACACAACUGUGAACCAACUUCUAGAGUCGAUUAACCGAGGCAAUUUCAAUAGGCUCUCACCA